AAUUUCUUUGUGUAAUUUUGUGUUUUUAAUACUAUCGAAUGAUGAAUAUUUAACAAUUACACAAUAUAAGCUGAACAGUUUGUGGUUUUAUUAUGGGUGCGUUUUCAAGCAGAAACAAUGCUGCUGUGGAGGAGGCGGAUCAAAUGACCAAUCAAGCCUACAAAUAUCCACCAAGAGCUGGAAACUUUUUUGGUAGUCACUUUAUAAUGGGUGGAGAACGUUUUGAUACACCACAACCUGAAUCAUAUUUAUUUGGUGAAAAUGCUGACCUCAAUUUUCUAGGUAAUCGUCCAACAGCUUUUCCUUACCCACCACCACAAGCUAACGAGCCAACAAAAACAUUGAAAAGUCUCAUCAAUAUACGCAAGGAGUCCGUACGUUUUGUACGUGCGCCGCAAGAGAAAAAAAUCGAAUCUUUUACAGUAAUCAGUACUGGUGAAGAGCAAAUAGAUGGUAAUGUACUUUGUACUGGUGGAGGUGAUGCGGACACAGUGAAUAAUUGUGGUUAUAAUAUUGAGUUUACUUUUGAUUCUGAUGCUAAAUGUGCAAUAACCAUUUAUUAUUUUUGUACCGAAGAAGAGAGUCCCAGUGGUGUAACACUUACGCCACGUGAAGGACUAACGUCUGAAACGUACCAUUAUGAGAAGGGCAUAAAUCAAUUCUUUUCACAACCUGGACAUAUAUUCAAACCACAACUUAUACCCGAAGAUGAUUUAAUUUAUAAUCCCACGAAAGAACAAUAUCCAGUUGCAAUACAUUGUGUAGUUGAGGAAGGCAAUGAAGACUGCCGUCAGUCGCAUACGACUAUUUGUGUGAUAGACCAUCAUCCAGAAAGUAGCAGUUAUGUAUUACGUGCACUUAAACAAAAAAUUUUCGUCGAUGGACUUUGUUAUUUACUGCAAGAAAUCUAUGGCAUUGAAAAUAAGGCUGUCAAUAAGAGUUCAAUUGAUGAGGAAAUUGAUGAUCAUGGCAGCGAAUGUGUGAUUUGUAUGAGUGAAACCCGUGAUACACUUAUAUUACCAUGCCGUCAUUUGUGUUUGUGCAACUCAUGUGCUGAUUCAUUACGUUAUCAGGCUAAUAAUUGUCCCAUCUGUAGAGCACCUUUCCGAGCAUUAUUACAAAUACGUGCUGUGCAGAAAGGUAUUAGCUCACAUAUUGUAUUGCAUCAGAACACUCCAACAUCGGCAGCUGGCGAACCAGCACCAUGCGAUCAACAUGUUCCACCCGGCUACAUUCCUGUGUCUUUAAUUGAGGCAUUAAAUGGACCACCACAAUACGUAGGUGGUAGAGCGAGAUUAAGUCAAGCUGAUAUAACUGAUGGAAUGCAAAGUAGCAUUUUGGGCGAUAACCACAAAAGCACUUCUCCACCACACAAAACCAGCAGUCAACGCCGUUCGAAAUCAAAGAAAAACGUCUCAACAUCCACGAGUACUACGGAAGUGGGCACCUUAACUAAUGCCAGUAAAACAGAUGUGCCAAAUGAAAAUUCCACAACAGUAACAACACAGAAAAGCUCACCAACUAUGGAGAAAAAUGAUAAAUUAAGCACUCGCAUAGUACAGGACAAGGUGCAAUUUGUCAAUGAGCGUCAUAGCUUAAAAUUGCCUAAGUCCAAACGCAAUACCAAUGGUAACAAUAAUACCACAAAUCACGCUGAAACAGUCGAAGACGAUGACAGCGAAAAUGAAAAACUGUCUCCAUUAUUAUCACCAAAUAGUAAAUGUAAGCCAUUAACAACACAAUUGGUAAAGAAACUAGCUAUUGAAGAUAGCCCAGAAGAGGAUAAUACAGUCGAUACCACUGAAUUGAAAAAUCCAAUUGCACUUAAAAAAAACUUACGUUCUGAAUUAAGUGCAGCAAAUACAACUAAUAGUAGUGCUGGUGAGAGUAUUGAAGCUGUUGCUAUAAAUGCAGAAGAUUCCGAUUAUUAUACACCGGAAGAUACGCAAAAUUCGAUAUUAAGUCCACUCUGUCCUGAGAGAAGUGUAAAAAGUAGUGAUAAAUUGGGUUGUUUAAAAGGUAAUCCCGGCAGUUUCAAAUCUAAUAACAGUUUAGUAAAAAGGAGUUUGCAUAAAAAGUCCACAUCUGUUGGUAAUAUCGUUGGUCCAGGCAGUGUUGUCAGUGAAUUGAAAACGAAUGUUAGCUCAUUACCAGAUAUGCUUGACAGUCCAAUCAGUGGUAAUUCAGCUUCGACACGUAGCUCAAGUGAUAGCUACUCAUCCAGCUCAUCUACCAAGCAACUGCUUAGUUCGAACACCACAACAGCAGCAGCUAAUAUUAUAGUAGACGAUAAGACAGCACUACAAAAUGCUGUAAAUGUUUAGUUUUAUAAUCCAAUAGAGUUUUAAUUUAAUACUUCAAUAUUAACUUAAUCAACAAAAAAAA